AUGACUACACAGCAAUUUGGCACUUUGGAACCGCUCGAUGGAGCUGACUUUACGGAUUACAGUGAACGAUUGAAUGCCUACUUCAUCGCACAUAACAUCGGUCAAGUUGCAGCUGACACCAGCGAAGCAGCUAAACGAGAGGCAGACAAGAAAAUCGUCGCCGUUACAAUCUCCAUGAUCGGUAAAACAGCUUACAGUACGCUCAAAGAUCUCUGUCUUCCUGAUUUACCCGCUGAUAAAACUUACGAUCAGCUUACACAAAUUCUGAAAGACUACUACAAACCUAAGGUACUUGAAGUUGCCGAGACCUACCGCUUCCAUCACACUGUACAAAGUGAAACUGAAAGCGUAGCGGAGUAUGCAAACAAGCUAAAACGCUUAGCUGUGAACUGCAAUUUUGGUCUUUACCUUACAAGAGCCCUCAGAGAUCAAUUUGUUGGGGGAGUGAGAAGCCAGACUACUAAAAAGAAACUACUUUCAUGUGAUGGGACAUUCGAUCAAGCUCUCAAGGUCGCUCAGGCUGAUGAACUGGCUGAGAAGGAAUCUAAGUUACUCCAGGGAAACUCCGACACUUCCAGUGCUGGAAUUCUGCCUGUAAAUGCUGUUUACAAGAAAUCUUUUCCUGCUCAAGAAAGCCAAAGGCAAACAGAUUUUAAGUCAAAAAUGGGGGGAAAGCAGUGUUUUUGGUGUGGCUCUCCACAACAUUUGGCUGACAAGUGCAGUCAUGUCGAAUCUACAUGUAAUUACUGUGGAAAGCCUGGGCAUUUGGCUAAGGCAUGCUUCAAGAAAAAGAAAGAAUUUGGUGGUAACAACACCACUCACCAAGUAAUAGCUGCUCCAACAUCAGUAACAUGUACCAAAGAGGAGCACGAGUCCCUUCUUGUACAGUUUAUAUGAAAAGUGUGAAAUCUUCUGAAAAUUCGUCAUUUACACCGCCCUUAUACAAACUUACCGUUACCAUUGAAGUCCAGGAAGUCCCUGUGGAAGUUGAUACGGGCAGUUCUGUGACAUUGUUGAGUUCUGCUGAUUUUACCAAAACCGGACGACAAGUAACUACACUCAAACCCCCUACAGUGCUUUUGAAAAGCUAUACUGGGGGAAUUAUCCAGUGUCUAGGUGAGAGGGAAAUGGAUGUCAAAGUUGGAGACCAGGUGGGUACCCUGUUAAUUCGUGUAGUUCAGGGACCAUCACUACUGGGGCGGGACAUGAUGUCCAAGUUUACAUUACCUUGGCAGAACAUUUUUAGUACGAUUUCAACUGCAGCUGAGGAUAUAGUUCAGCAGUACUCUGAUUUGUUUGACACUAGUUCAGUGGGAAAACUUAAAGGAAUUCAGGUGUCAUUGCGAGUAACUGAUGAAAGCCCUGUGUUUACCAAAGCACGAGUAGUACCAUUUGCAAUUUGGUUUAAGUAUGAAAAGGCCUUGGAGAAAUUGGUGGCAGAGGAUAUCAUUGAGAAAGUAGAGCAUUCCGAGUGGGCAUCACCUACAGUCCCUAUUAAAGCAAAUGGGGACCUGAGAAUUUGUGGGGACUACUCUGUCACCAUCAACAAAUUUUCAGUCCUAGAACAAUACCCCAUAACAACUCUGGAGGAACUACUGAGUACAUUAUCUGGGAGAAAAAAAUUCACUAAGAUUGACCUUUCUCAAGCAUACCAUCAACUAGAGCUUACGCCAGAAAGCAGAAAAUACACCACAAUUAACAAUCAUUUGAGCUUAUACCAAUACAAGCGCCUGACUUUUGGAGUGAGUAGUGCUGUGUCAAUCUUUCAACGCACUAUAGGAAAUGUCCUUAAGGAUCUUCCAGGCUGCUGUGUCCGUAUUGAUGAUAUCCUUAUUUCCGGAGAAACAGAUGAAGUUCAUCUGGAAAACCUUCAUCGAGUACUAACACGAUUACAGGACUGCGGUCUUAAGCUUAACCCUGAUAAAUUCUUUUUCAUGCUUGAUAAAGUAGAGUAUCUUGGUACUAGCAUUUCUGCUGCGGGGAUUUCACGGACUGCUGAGAAAGUGCAGGCAAUAAAAGGAUGUAGCACCUCCAACAAAUGUUUCUGAAUUAUAGUCAUUCCUUGGAUCAGCCAAUUUUCUACGUAAAUUUGUGCCGGAUUAUGCAAAGUUGGCUUCACCUUUGUAUGGAUUACUUCGUAAGGAGGUACCAUGGAGUUGGUCAAAACUUGAACAGGACGCUUUUGAUAAAAUCAAGGCUGCUCUGUGCUCUGAUUCGGUUUUACGUCACUAUGAUCCUAUGGCUGAAUUAGUUCUACAGUGUGACGCUUCUUCAGUGGGUGUGGGAGCUGCAUUACUGCAACCUGGACCUGAUGGUGCGUUACAGCCUGUUGCCUAUGCAUCGAGGAUACUGAACAAUGCAGAACAAAAUUACUCCCAAAUUGAACGUGAGUCAUUAGCAAUUGUUUUUGGCGGGACCAAAUAUCGCCACUACCUGUUAGGUAGACACUUCAAACUUCUAACAGAUCAUAAACCUUUGAUUACUUUACUUGGGGAACACAAGCCCGUACCCUGUUGGCAGCAGCAAUGAUCAAAAGAUGGGUACUACUUUUAGCUGCUUAUGACUAUACAAUUGAAUUCAUAUGUGGCAAAUACAAUGUGUUUGCGGAUUUUUUGUCUAGGAAGCCUAUUAAAUACAAGCAGUCUGCUGCAGAACAGGUAACUGUAAAUGUGAUGUUUAUCGAAGAAGAUCAGUUUUUAAAUGCAUCCGUAGUUGCUAUGAAAAGCAUGAGAGACCCAGUUCUUGGAAAGGUGUUACAGUUUACUCAGCAGGGUUGGCCCAAUAAUCUGGAACCAGUGUUCCAACCUUACUACAGCAAAAGGCUUGAACUCUCUCAUGAAGAUGAUAUCCUCAUGUGGAACUCGCGAGUUGUUGUCCCAGAGUCAUUACAGGCCCUCUUGUUGGCCGAUUUGCAUGCAGAACACCUGGGUAUGGUUAAAAUGAAACAAUUAGCUCGAAAGUACUCUUGGUGGCCGGGAAUUGAUAAGCAAAUUGAGGAGACAGUUAAAUUAUGUCCUGCUUGUGAAGAAUUUCCUAAAUCGCCAGCUUCCGCCCCAACUGCUUCAUGGUCCUGGCCAGGCGGACCAUGACAACAAUUACAUGUAGAUUUUGCUGGGCUUUAUCUUGGCAAGAUGUUUUUGGUUGUGGUGGAUAGUUAUUCCAAAUUUUUGGAGAUACUACCGAUGACUUAUGCCACCAGCACCAACACUAUUACUGCUUUGAGACACAUUUUUAGUUACUUUGGUUUACCUGAACAUCUGGUAACAGAUAAUGGGACUCAGUUUACGAGUGAUGAAUUCCAAAAGUUUCUAAGAGAGAACGACAUCCUUCAUACUCUCACUGCUCCCGGACAUCCUGCUACAAAUGGGUUAGCAGAACGCUAUGUGGGUGAAUUUAAGAGCGGCUCCGCGUAAAUAUCAACUAGACGUGGAAAUAGUCAAAAAAUGACCUGGCCUCAAACUCAGCCAGAAUAAAGCCCUAUCGGCCCUAGUUACAAAAUCGUUGGUUUAAGUACGAUCGAGGGAAUAAUAUUCUUUUAACGAUUUUUUUUCUUCUCGAGGCCUAAAAUGGGCAAAAAUCAUGCGAAAUUAGAGUCAUAUUCAGUAACUCGUAAAUUUUAAAAUAAAGUUGGCUACUAAAAUAUAAUGACACUUCGUAUUGUGACUAUCUUUCUUAUUUUUCUUUUGGAUUAAAAAUUGUUAAUUCGUUAAAUCGCAUAAAUCGUUGCGUAAAAUUCAGAAAACAGAACAGAUUUCUCGUGACUUUUGUUGUAUUUUUUACCGCUUUGUGGACUUUUUGACACUUAAUACUUUAAUUCAGCUUUAUUUAAAAAAUCUAUACACAUUCCGGACCAAUAUUGUCUCAAGAAGUUACCGAAUAAUUAAAGGUUUGGUGCCUACCGUAUUUCGCAUUUGGUUGUGCUUCGGUCAGAGGUCGCGUUUUUUCGCGAGGACAAGCUCAUUCUUGGGGAGUUGCUAGGAUCAGGGGCCUUCGGAAAAGUCAUUAAAGCAGAGGCUAUAGGAAUAAACAACUUUAAUCCCAGAGACAAAAGUCAAAGGAAAAGUCAGCGGCGACCUAAAAUGUUUCGUCAACACAGGGCUGGCCAUGCGUACCACGAUCCCAGAGGCAGUGCGUACACGAAGACCACCAUAGCUGUAAAGACUGUUAAAGGUAAUGUUUCAAGU